AUGUCUUCCCUGCUCUGCAAAAAUGGCGUACAGAACGAGACCCUCAUCUCCAUACUCGCCAGAUGCAGCUCAUUGCCACAGCUCAAGCAGAUUCAUGCUCUGGUCAUCACUCUGUGCCUCCCUCAGGUCGAUACAUUCGUCUCCAAAAUCGAGUCUUUCUCCCAACCCGUCAAUUCGAAUUGCAUCGAUUACUGCUACCGGGUUCUAUUAAGGCUCUCGAAUCCCGCUCCGACCUUCGCUUGGAAUGCAGUCGUAAGAAGCUACUCCGCCACCAAAUCACCAAGUAGAGCACUGUCAGCUUUCGUCCAAAUGCUGCGAGCCGGAGUUCCCCCGGACCAUCUCACGUACCCUUUUCUUUUCAAGGCUUCGUCCCGCCUCUUCGAGCUGAAACUCGGCCUCUCAGUCCAUGCGCGGACAACAAAGACUGGGUACGAUUCCGAUAGGUAUAUAGCGAAUUCCAUGGUCCAUAUGUACGCGUCGUGUAAGGAUAUAGUUCGUGCACGUAUGGUAUUCGACGAAAUUCCCGUGAAGAAUCUGGUCUCGUGGAACUCAAUGGUGGACGGGUACGCCAAGUGUGGAGACAUGGUUUUGGCGCGUCAGGUGUUUGAUCUUAUGCCCGAGAGAGACGUCGUCUCGUGGAGCUCCUUGAUCGAUGGGUAUGUUAAAGCAGGGGGAUUCAAGGAAGCCAUGGUGAUGUUUGAGAAGAUGCAGGAGGUUGCCGAAACGAAAGCCAAUGAGGUGACCAUGGUGAGCGUUCUGAGUGCCUGUGCCCACUUGAGCGAGCUCGAGAAAGGCAGGGAGAUGCAUGACUACAUCACCCACAACUCCUUGCCCAAGACUCUGGUCCUGCAAACUUCUCUUGUCGACAUGUACGCGAAAUGCGGAGCAGUAGAGGAAGCUCUGAAGGUCUUCCGUGAGUUUCCUGUCGAGAAAACCGACGUGUUGAUCUGGAACGCCAUGAUUGGUGGGCUUUCCACGCAUGGUUUGCUCGAAGAAGGUCUUCAUUUGUUCGCUGAGAUGCAAAAGGCCCGGAUAAAACCUGACGAGAUCACAUAUUUAUGCUUGUUGAGCGCUUGUGCGCACAGAGGGUUGGUGAACGAAGCAUGGUACUUCUUCGUUUGCCUUGAAAAACAUGCCAUGGCGGCCAAGAGCGAGCACUAUGCUUGCUUGGUCGAUAUGCUGGCUCGAGCUGGUCAGGUGGCAGAAGCAUACGAGUUUCUAGGACGAAUGCCGGUCGAGCCAACUCCUUCGAUGUUGGGCGCUCUCUUCAGCGGGUGCUUGAACCACAAAAGGCUCGAUCUUGCAGAGGUAAUAGGGAGGAAGCUGAUCGAGAUGCAGCCCGAUAACGACGGGAGGUAUGUCGGGCUGGCGAAUGUUUAUGCCGAGGUGAGAAGGUGGGAUGAAUGCAGGGAUACGAGAGGGGCGAUGGAGAGGAAAGGGGUGAAGAAAACUACUGGGUACAGUCUUGUGGUCUAA